UUUACCAUUUUUGUCCCUCCCGGGAGAGAUUGAAGAAAGAGAAAACAGUUGAUGGCAUUAACCAAAUAACGAAAGCAAAUGAAGGCCAUUAACGUAAACUCACAACAAAGUUACCGUUGGAGAAACGUUGCGUUUAUUUAAACUUCAGUCUCCUUCAAAGGUACUUCCAAUUUUUGCAACGGACUAAAUUUCGAAAAAAUAUCUCCAGAAAUUCUUCCUCUUGAAAAUCGAAGGAAAUCGAAAUCGUCAAGGAAUUUGUGACUGACUGACAGAAUAGACAUCUGUACUAUCAACAACAUGGCAAUGACAUUUCAAAAUGGUGGUCUCAUUCAUGAUGAGAAUCUCAAUGUUCAGUAUACUAAAGGAUCGGCUGUUGCAGGGAAGGCUAAUGCCAUGAAUUCACAAAGGAAAAAUGGGCUUAGUGGGCGAAAGCCCCUUGGCGAUCUAUCAAACUCAAGAAAGCCAGUCAUUAACCAAUCAUCAAAACGGCAGACCACGAAGAAUCUCACAUUUAUUGAUGAAGAAAAUGGUGCAGGAAAAACGAAAAACAUCCCAAAGGGAUCGGAGAAAGUGCAGAAGGGUACUCGAAAAGUGCUCUCAGAUAUUUCAAACUUUGGAAAGAACAUCAAUCACAAUACUAUUUGUGAGGAGCGCUUCCUGCACAACCAUCAAGACUGUAUUAAAGCACAAAAUUGCUUAGACAAGGAUCAAUUUUUGAGCAUCAUUGGACUUGAUCACUCUAAAGAGUUGAAGAUAUCCACCACGAAAAAGCCUGAUAGUCCAUUGAAGCUCGAGGAAAUGGAUGAAUUUGCAGGAUUUGAUGAAUCUCCAAAGAAGUUGUUUCUCUUUGGAAGAAGAGGAUUUGAACCGUCAUCACCUUGCAAAUCCCCAGAAUCAUCACCUUCACCUUCAAUAGAUCACUUCUCUUUCUUGACGGAUACCAAUAGUAUCGAAUUCACAUUGAUAAAGACCCCAUGAAGCGCACACCUUGGGCCUUGCUUUCAUCUGGAAAGGUCUAGUAAUGGGUGGUAUUGUGAUUGAUAUGAUAGUAGACUCUAUAGAUUCUAAAACUAGAAAUGUCUUGUUUAGUAUUUUCCUAGACUUUUAGAUGCUUUAAAGGCUGUUUUAGAAACUAGAAAUAUAUAUAUAUAUUUUUUUGUGUGUUUUGAUUGUGAUGAAGAUUUAUUAUCAUCAUCUCUCUAAGCUUUUUUUUGAAAAGAUGAUUUUGGAAGAUUGUAAUGGAACAGAUCUUCUGUUUGGUCUAGGCAAUAUCUUUGUAUAUA